UCGCAAAAUGUUUCCGCACCGGUGGUGGGCGUGACGUAAACGUCCUUCAUUUGACUUUCAAUUCGCUCAGCUAGAAGGCAAACGCUCUAUCUGAACUCAAAUUCGACAGAGCAGCUUGCAGUUGCUUCCCGACGAGUGAACUGAGCGAAAGUAAAAGUGGUGAUCCAGGCAAAUUUUCAAGACAAUUAAAUUAGAAAAAAAGAAACUAAAACUAAAAUAUGUCGAAAAUUGGUAUUAAUGGAUUUGGACGUAUUGGCCGUCUGGUGCUGCGUGCAGCCAUCGAUAAAGGCGCUAACGUCGUUGCCGUUAACGAUCCCUUCAUCGAUGUGAGCUACAUGGUCUACUUGUUCAAGUUCGAUUCUACUCACGGCCGUUUCAAGGGCACCGUCUCCGCUGAGGGUGGCUUCCUGGUUGUCAACGGCCAGAAGAUCACCGUGUUCAGUGAACGCGACCCGGCCAACAUCAACUGGGCCAGCGCUGGCGCUGAAUAUAUUGUUGAGUCGACCGGUGUCUUCACCACCAUUGAGAAGGCCUCCGUUCACUUGAAGGGCGGCGCCAAGAAAGUCGUCAUCUCGGCCCCCUCCGCCGAUGCCCCCAUGUUCGUGUGCGGCGUGAACUUGGAUGCGUACUCGCCCGACAUGAAGGUCGUGUCGAAUGCCUCUUGCACCACCAACUGUUUGGCCCCACUGGCCAAGGUUAUCAAUGAUAACUUUGAGAUCGUUGAGGGUCUGAUGACCACGGUGCACGCCACCACAGCCACCCAGAAGACCGUCGAUGGCCCCUCCGGCAAAUUGUGGCGCGAUGGUCGUGGUGCUGCCCAAAACAUCAUUCCAGCAUCGACAGGCGCUGCCAAGGCCGUUGGCAAAGUCAUUCCGGCUCUCAAUGGCAAACUGACCGGCAUGGCUUUCCGUGUCCCCACACCAAACGUGUCCGUUGUCGAUUUGACCGUGCGUCUGGGCAAAGCUGCCAGCUAUGAUGAAAUUAAGGCCAAGGUACAGGAAGCAGCCAAUGGUCCAUUGAAGGGCAUUUUGGGCUACACCGAUGAGGAGGUUGUCUCCACCGAUUUCCUCAGCGAUACACACUCGUCUGUGUUUGAUGCCAAGGCUGGCAUCCCAUUGAACGAUAAGUUCGUCAAGCUGAUUUCCUGGUACGACAAUGAGUUCGGUUACUCCAACCGUGUCAUUGACUUGAUCAAAUACAUGCAGACCAAGGACUAAAUAUAAAAACAUACAUAUAUAAUUAUGCAUACAACAACAACAACAGAAAAAACAACAAUGUUAACUUCUCAAUACGCACAAACAGGGGGUGUAGCAUUUACAUAACUAAAUAGAUGAGAAGCAUCCAAUCCAUCCCCCAAUUAA